UUUGAUUGGAUAAUUUACAAGAAGUUCAAAAACACCCGGCAAGAGUAGGAGGACUGUUUAUGGCGACAACAGGAUAAUUUAAUUGUUAAUUUGUUAUUUUUCAGGAUAUUUAAAAGAUGGAUACUAAGCUUUCGCUGAUAGCCAGCUUUGACGACCUGGCUAGAAAUGCUAAAGUGUUACAAGUUGGAAUAGAACCAGAAUUUCAACGCUUUGUGGCAAAUCAACAAGAUUGUUUGAAGAGAUGGUGCUCGUUAGAAACAGAUUUUGAUGGGCUCAAUGAAAGAAUUUCUACCCUUGAAAAAGAGAACGACUCGCUACAGAUCACCUUGAAGCAUGCCAGAAGUCAGAUUGUUAAAGAAACCGAACAUAGGCGUUUUUUAGAAUCUGAACGUGACCAGUUGGAAAGACAAAUUGCUCUUAUUCGAGAAUUACUUACUGACAAGAACAAGAGGAGUAUGCUGAAUGAGCAGGACAGGGAAAAAUUGGCAUUUCUCAGUCACAGUACCUACACAUCACAGUUAGAGGGAAAUUCUCCCUCCAGAAGACUUGGGACAAUCAACGAAUCUGCACACUCAAUACUUGGUGAUUCAGUUUAUGAUAAAACAGAAGAUGAUCUUGAUACAUCAUAUCUCCGAAGUGGAAGGAAAAUUAAGCGACCCUCGGCACCACCGAUGGAAGACGAACCUGUCAAGCGACGGAGGAGUGAUGAAGAUGAACACAACAACUCCAUAGUGACCACAACAACUGUUACUCUUAACGCGGACGGCCAGCUUGUUGGGGCAGUAGCCGAGGUCAUUCCACAGACGAAGACCCUCAACAAAAGCUUUAGUGAACCAGCCCUUGACAAACACUUAGGUAGCCCUGCUCGAGAUGUUGAAAGUGAACCUGAAUCUGAAGAUUCUUACAUGGGUACACCUGGCAACAGAAAUCAAAACUCACGCCGCAAAUCUAGAGGAAUCUUGAAGGGAACUACUCCCAAAACACCGCGUCUGAGAAAAGCAAGUUCUGCUGGUCGUGGUUUGAACAGGAUCCAUUUCUUCAUCUCUAAGACUGUCAUCAAACCAGAAACAUGUGCUCCAUGUGGAAAGAGAAUCCGUUUUGGAAAGCUGGCAAUGAAAUGUAAAGACUGUAAAGCGACAUGUCAUCCGGACUGUAAAGAUAAUCUCCCCUUACCAUGUGUACCUUGCUGUCCUAGUACUCCGGGGACAACAAAAAUGUCAGGUGGCCUGUUGAUCGACUAUGCUCCUAUUGAUCCUCCGAUGAUACCAGCUAUUGUGGUCCACUGUGUAAACGAGGUGGAGUCUCGAGGACUGACUGAGGUGGGAAUUUACAGGGUGCCAGGAGCUGAGUCACAGGUGAAAGAGUUGAAAAAAGAAUUCUUCAAAGGAAGAGGAGUACCAAAUAUGUCUCAUAUUGAUGAUAUCAAUGUGGUGUGUGGCUGUGUGAAAGAUUUCCUCAGAGGCCUGAAGGAACCCAUCAUCACCUACGCCUUGUGGAAGGACUUCAAGAAUGCUGCAGAGAAUCGUGACCGUGCUAUGGGUGAAUCUGAACUGUACCAAGCUAUCAGUCAACUGCCACAACCCAACAGGGACACUCUGGCCUUCCUUAUCCUUCAUCUCAUCAGGGUUGGUGAGUGUCAUGAAUGUAAGAUGCCGACCAGUAACCUAGCCAAGGUAUUUGGCCCCACCAUCAUUGGCUUCUCAGUACCUGAACCAGAGCCCCUUAUGAUGAUCAACGAAACUAAAUACCAGAGCAUGGUGAUGGAGAGACUGUUUGACAUCCCCGUAGAUUACUGGGAAUCCUUCCUAAACAUUGAUGAGGAGAACCUCUACCCUAACCAGUUCAACACCCCACAGACGCCGGAAAGUCGGGCAGUUCCAGGCAGUAUGCUAGGCCCUAUCCACACGCCAGGGUCCUACGAGCACAAGAGCAAAACUUGGGGCAAAAAUUCCUUCACACCAAGAAAAGCGGCCCCCUAUGUGACUGGAUCACUUAGAUUUUCAAACAAGAGCCGAACCAUCAACAAGAAACCCAGUCAUUUCUUUUCAUCCCCGAUGUUAAACUGAUGUAUCAUAUACAGUUAAUGGCUGUCAACAUAUCUACUGUAGCAGACCAGCUACUGACAUUUCCUGGAGGUGUGGCAGGGUGUAUUCUACUGUAGCAAACCAGCUACUGACAUUUCCUGGAGGUGUGGCAGGGUGUAUUCUACUGUAGCAGACCAGCUACUGACAUUUCCUGGAGGUGUGGCAGGGUGUAUUCUACUGAAGUAGACCAGCUACUGACAUUUCCUGGAGGUGUGGCAGGAUGUAUUCUACUGAAGUAGACCAGCUACAGACAUUUCCUGGAGGUGUGGCAGGGUGUAUUCUACUGAAGUAGACCAGCUACUGACAUUUCCUUGAGGUGUUCCAGGGUGUAUUCUACUGAAGUAGACCAGCUACUGACAUUUCCUUGAGGUGUUCCAGGGUGUAUUCUACUGUAGCAGACCAGCUACUGACAUUUCCUGGAGGUGUGGCAGGGUGUAUUCUACUGAAGUAGACCAGCUACUGACAUUUCCUUGAGGUGUUCCAGGGUGUAUUCUACUGAAGUAGACAGCUACUGACAUUUCCUGGAGGUGUUCCAGGGUGUAUUCUACUGAAGUAGACCAGCUACUGACAUUUCCUGGAGGUGUGGCAGGGUGUAUUCUACUGUAGUAGACCAGCUACUGACAUCUCCUGGAAGUGUGGCAGGGUGUGUUCUACUGAAGUAGCAAUCAACAUAUUUUCAGUGCCAGUAAAUCUAUAUACCUGGUAUAUGAACAUUCCAUAUAAUUUGUUAUCAGGAUGAUCAGUAGAAGCUAAAAAAAAAUUGAGGUGAUUAUCUUAAGUGUUUCAAAUGUAAAUAUCAUGUAAAUUGAAUGUAAAUAUAAGAUUUCCCCAAAUAUUUGAUUAUGGAAAUGUAACCACAACUCUUGAUCGCCGUCAUCAGUGCUCCAGAUAACUUUUAAACAUGCCUCCUUAACCUGCUGCAUACAGUACUAACGAUUGUUGUUUCGAUAGUGCCAUAUUUCAUACUCAUGAUCAUUACAAAGUUUGUCACUGGCAGAGUAGUUAGACAAAUAUCUCUGACUAUUGUUACCUGUAUUCUAGUCAGCUAAAAACUGGAGUUGAAGCUGGCGCAGUCAUCCAGAUUUUGUUCACGUGAACUACACCUGUUCAGUUUUAUUGUCACAUUAAAUAUAAAAUCAUGUGUGUCAAUACCCAUUCACACAUGUUAUCUGGAGCACUGCUUUAUGGUAUAGAAGAAUAUGAAGAAUUCAAAUGAAUUUUGUUUUGACUGGACAAAGUUGUCUUAAGGUUGAAGAUAAUGCCCGUGUAAAAAAGGUUUUUCAAUUUUAGAUGUUUUGUGUCAAAAAGGAUUGUAAAAUAAUUCUAUAUAGACAACAGAUUCACAGCUUUGAAAUCAAAUCAUGACAUGAAUUGUUAACUACCAGGUAUAAAGGAUUGUGAAGGAAUUAAACAAAGAUGUGUUUAUAAGGUUGGCCUUACUUUGAACUAUGAUUAGUAUUUGAUUUGAAAACUUUAGAGAGACCAGUGAUUAUAACGAGAAUACAUAGGUUUUAUAGUUUAUAUAAAGACCUGUGCUUUUCUGCUGGUCACCUUUUAAUUAGAUAUAUAUGCUAGUAGAAUUCAGUUGUCCUUUAAUUUGGAGGACCACUGUAUAUGGUCUUUAAAAUGUAAUUACACAAAAGUAAUUAUCCUAAAAAAAUAUAUUAGGGGUCACAGAAGAUUUCUCUAGUUAUAUUUCAUUAAUAGAGAACUUGUGUCAAUUAUUUUUUUUCAAAAUGUUUGUCUUGACCAAAAUAUCUAAUGCAAUGUUUUGUUUUUCAUAGAAACUAGUUGUGUCGAUGAUGUGGUCAGUUUUAAGAAAACUCUGCACUCAUUGAAAAUAUAAUAGAUAUCAAGACAUUAACUAAGUAAUCUAUUACACAGGUCAUGAUCUGGGAGAGACUUAAGUUGUUUGAAUCAUUACAUGUAAUUAGAAAAGUCUUGAAUCUACUGUUUGCAUUGAAAAGCCUCGAACGCUGGCUCAUAGUUUUGAAAACAUCUUUGAAUGUUUGAUGUUGUAAUGCUGGCUCAUAGCUUUGAAAAUGUCUUUGAAUGUUUGAUGUUUUAAUUAUAAUUACAGACAUGAAUGUGAGGGGAAUAUACUUUCGGUAACAAAUAAAAGAUUCUUCGGGUAAAUCUUGGUCUGUAAGUUGAUUGUUCAAAGGCAUUACAAACUGAUAGACUUUAAGACAAUGGGCAAACAUAAAGGACCUGUGAUCAAACAUUAAGGACCUGUGAUCAAACAUGAGGACCAAUAUUAAGAAAUUAGUCAUUGCAACAAACUGUUAUGUAAAAUAUCUUUUGUUAGGUAUACAAAAUUCUUUGCAAUUGUCGGGGCCACACGAAAGCCUUGUAAGGGCCUUGAAUUUGGUUUGACCAGAUCUAUGUAUAUGCACACUGAUACUGCUGAUGUCUGAUGACACAAACCUAGGCUAGAUAUGUACCAAACUUUCUAAACCUUCCAAAAUAUUUUAUGUUGUUAAAAAAUACUUAUAUUUAAACAAGAUACUAUCUUUCAAAAACACUUUUCCUCUCUUUGUCCUCAACUACCUUUUUUGUGUGUGUGUUUUCUCUCCUGUACUUGUAUAAAGCAGGGUCAAGUGGCCUUAUGCCUAGACACUUAGGUUUGGUUAAUGUUUGAGUUCACAUACCAGCACUUCAAUUCUUCUUACAAAUCUGUGUCCUUUUCCUCGAUCAAUUCUUCUUACAGAUCUUUAUCCUUUCCUCGAUCAAUUCUUCUAACAAAUCUUUAUCCUUUCCUGGAUCAAUUCUUAUAACAAAUCUUUAUCCUUUUCCUGGAUCAUUCCGAGUCAACCAUGUAAUAUUUGUUGUAAAUAUGUAAAUAAAUAUUAGUCAGUGAUAUAUAAUGAACAUUUAAUUUGUAUCAGCAUCUAGUCUAAAUUGUAUAGUUCAUCAAUAGUAGGACAAUGUAAAUAUGGACAUUUUGAAAGUUGGAAACCCUGUGAGCCAUGUAUCAAACAGAUAGAAAAUGUCAACACAUAUCAUAUUCCGUCAGUAGAUCCUUUUGUAUUUGUAAUAUAAUAUUCAUUAACCUGUAUAUUAUAAUUAUGGUUCUAGAAUCUAUCCACCCCUAUACUGGUUUUUGUAUAUUUUGUGAAAAAACCAAAAGCAUUUUAACUGGUAUUUUUUUUUAUAUUUAAUUAUCACAUGUAUUUAUUAUUAGUUAGAUUUCAGUGACUAUAUAAAUUGUAUGUGGUAGGUCAUUUUGUAAACAGUAUGCUAAUGUUAGAUUUUUGUUUGUCAAAUUUUGACUGGUGUAAACAGUGUGAAGUUGCCUUUUGAAAAAAAUAAGUUUUUUAGUGAUCGAUGGCCAUAUAUUUUUUAAGACAUGUCAGUUUUGUAUUUUUUAAAUGCCAGAUUUAUGUUGAUUUUAUACUGUCAACUAUAUAUUCAGACACAAUUAAAACUCGUGCAAUUUUACUUAUUUUUUCAGGGGCACAAAAUUACGAGAGAUAUAUGUGUGCAUAUGAUAUUCUCUCUCUAACUUUUUUUAAAACAUACUUAUCGCAUCACUAUGGAUGUGAAUUUUAUCAUGAUUAAGUAAACUGCUAAAUAACCUAGCUUUAAGAUUAAUGAAAAGUAAAAAUAAGCAUGUUAUAUUUUUUGAACAGCAGGGAAUUUAGAAUAUCUUGAGAAUUUAUCAAGUUUGUCACAUUGUGGUAAAUAAUUUUAAGUGAAAAUUAAAUUGCGUUUUAUGAAUCCAUCUGCAUAAAAAUAAAACUAUGGAGACCAAUAA